ACUCAGUUUAGUUAUAGAGAUUUUUCUUCGUGGACGUGGCUUGCUGUAAAACCCGUAAAAAAUUGCAAAUCUAUUGAAAAAACUAACCAAUUUCGAGAAUGCGAAGUCCCUCGGCAGCAGUUUCGGCAAUGCGAAGGAUUUGUCUGAUAUAAUGACUGGCAGCUUUAAGGUGCAACUCAUCAACAUGGGCACUCGCGCUGCCGCCUUUCAGGCAAAACUGAGAGCCCUUCAUGAAUACCACGUUCGUCUAUUGCACAACGUCUUACCUGCGCCCUCUGGCGUCGAUAUUGCUAACAAUAUCAAGUACUUUUCUCAAACUCUACUAACUGUCCUUAAAGAUGUGCGUACCUCGCCGCACGAACUUAUCCGCGAUCCUCUCGAAGAUCCCACUCGCAUGUCUGCCUAUCCUAAUCUCGAAUAUGGCAACCUCUACAAUGCUCUUACUAUGCUCAUCGAUGUGGCACCUUGCAUCCAGUAUGGACAAAUCGUUUUCGGAAAAGCUCUUUUGCAGUGCCUAAGCUGCAUCCUACCUUUCCUCGACAAGGAUCUUAUUGAUAAUCUACCCUAUCUAGUCAGCUCUACUAUAUCUGUUCUACCGCCAGCGUUGCACCAGGACAUUGUCAAUGCACUAUGCUACUAUAUCUUACCUUUUACUAUAACCCGUCGCAGCGCCGAUGAGCAGGAAUGCCAGGCCUGCCAGUCAGUGUCCUCGGUCAUUAUGAUGGUGUUGCAGUACUCCAACAAUCCUGCGCACCACUGCCAGCUGCUGGAGUGCCUGAUGACCCUCAAACACAACGUGGUCAAGGACAUCCUUUGCGUGGUGGCCUACGGCACCGCUGUCUCCCGCACUUCGGCUGCGAAGCUGCUCUUCUACUAUUGGCCAGCCUUCAACGCCAAUCUAUUCGAUCGCAAAGUCUUGCUCUCUAAGCUAACCAAUGACCUGGUACCCUUCACCUGCCAGCGGGAACAUUGCCCGAACUCCGGGAACGCGGAGGCGGCCAAAGUGUGCUACGAUCACAGUGUUAGUAUCGCCUACGCCCCCGAUUGCCCUCCGCCCCUCUACUUGUGCAUCGAGUGCGCCAACGAGAUCCAUCGGGAGCAUGGGAGCCUGGAGUUCGGCGACAUCCUGCAUCCCAUGCAACAGGUGUCGAUGGUGUGCGAGAACAAGAACUGCCGCUCCAACGAGAAGUCCGCAUUCUCCAUCUGCUUCUCCACGGAGUGUGCCAGCUUCAAUGGCAACCACCCGAUUCGCUACUGCAGCCAGUGCCACAGCAACAGGCACAAUUCCCGACGAGGCGGCGACCAUGUGGUCCACCGCAGUCUGCAGCCCGCCUGGCAAAUGGAUCCCGAGAUGCAGAUGCACAUGGUCGAGUCGGUGGUUAGCUUGCUGCGAGAAGCCAAGCCUCUCAACUUUGAACCCGGCAAGGAAUCCUCGUCUUCGGAUUCCAAGAAGAAUGGCUCCCCACUUACGGCAGACAACAUUUCGCUGGAGGAGCGCCAGCGAUUGGGUCGCUAUGGCAUUUGGUUGCUGGUGGGUCGAUGCACACCCACUGCGGACACUCCCGUCGAAGUGCUGGGCAGGAUUCUCAGCAUGCUCUUCCACUGGUUCCACGUCACCGCCUAUUCAUAUGAUGCUGCCGGUCAAGUGGAGAGCACCAUCGAAAAGCUAAAAGUUGAUCAUGUGUGCGAUUGGCUGAAGGACAUCUGCCGCAUCCACUACAAUGUCUUCAUCUCCUGCCUACUGCCUCAUCCUCCGGAGUAUGCUCGCGUUGGGGGACACUGGGAGACAUUGGCAUCUCGAACCAGUCAUUUGAAAGAGGGACUUCAGCGACUGAUCUGCCUGGUUCCCUACGAAGUGAUCACCUCCGAGAUUUGGGACUAUGUGAUGCCCCACUGGAUGGAGGCCAUCACAAACGAUGUGGCCGAAAAGGAACUCAACGAGCUGAAGAUCGUGCUCAGCAAGAUCCUCGAUCCGGAAAUGUCGCCAUUGGGUUUUGAUGCCAAGACCAUGUACAACUUUGUGGCCAUUCGAUUUGAGAAGACGACGGCCAAAGUGCAGCAGCAAGCUCUCCACUGGCUGCAGAUCUUGACUAAGUUGGAGAUCCUCAUUCCACUGGUGCAGUUAUUUGCCAUGUUUGGCGAUGGUGUUCGCAUCAUGAAGUACGGCAUUCAGCACGAGUUGAUGCGCGAGAAGGAUGCUCAAUCUCAAUCCCUGGCCAAAGCCCCGAAGACUCCUUGUAAAGAGAGCAAGGAAACCAAGGCGGACAUGGCCAAUCCACCCAGACGCAGCUCCAUUUCUCCUGUUGUUGAGGACGAUUCAGGCAACACAUCUGCCAUCUCAGAUGACGAGGCUCCCACCAAUCGUCACACGGAAUUCUCCACGGAUGCUGAACACAACCUCACCUGUUGCAUCUUGAUGUUGGACAUCCUGCUGAAGCAAAUGGAACUACAGGAUGUGGAGCAGCACAUGGGCAUCCACACGAGCGUUUGCGAGAAUGUAUCCAGGUUGAUCAAGUGCAUGGUCACCGCAGCUCGAGUGGGUCUCAGCAGUCACGUUUGCGCCUUGAAGGUCGCGGAAUGUGCUUAUUGCGAGGCUUCAAUCAUGUGGCAUCAACUCGCCACAAAGCUAGUGCAAUUCAUGGCUCCUUUGAAUCCAGUCAGACCACCAGAUGUUCCCAUCGAGGAUAUCAUUGAAGAGGAGAAGUCCUCUCGCAAAUCUCCACCCGAAUCCGACAAGGAAAAGACCCGCGAUGUUUCCCUUUCGAUGGCUCCAUUGCCAAUUCCACUGGGACCUCUUGGAGGAUUUGCAGAUAUCUUUAAGCUAGAUCAAUUCUUUUCAGACGAUGGAAAAAUUAUUAUAAUGGCAGGUCCUGUGCCAGUGGCUGUUCCCCAACCAGAACCGCACUCUGUGGGCGGAGUGCUCGUCCAUAUGCCCCACGUCUGUUCCAAUAACGAAAAUGGGCAUUCAGUUGAUAGUAAUGAAUUGAGAAAAGUUCACGCCACAGACGAGAUCAUGACGGCGACGGUUGAAACAGUUUCAGAACAGCUUGACCUGGCCUCCAUCCUGCCCACAGACCGGGCCAUAGCCCGCUCUAUAACCCUUUCCGACGCGGACGUCGGCAGCGCUAACGUGAGCGUGACCAAGGCCUCGGUGAUGGGUGAGAACGGCGCCAAUGGCGGAGCGGCCUGUGGCGGCGGCGAGAACGGCAGCGGUUCCGAGGAGGACGAGGAGGAGGAGGACAGCGACGACUUCUGGCACACCUCCGUCGGCAAGUUUAAGUUCACCCUGGAUACGCUGCCCCAGCCACUUCAGUACAUCCAUCAGUUGCUAACGGAAAUACCGACUAUCAAGAAGCCGGAGAUACUUUACUAUGUUCUGCAGUGCUUGAACACGAUGGCUCUUCAUGGCGAUGCUUUGGCUAAGGCGGCGAGGGAGCAACGUGGCUUCUUCAUUUGGUGCCAGGAAAAUCUGCUGAUUAAGAACCUGUGGGAGCUAUGCAACGCGGAGCACUCUCACAUCUGCCAAGUGGGCGUGCCCCUGCUGCUGCACUGCAUCACGCUGCCACUGGGAUCGGAUGUGUUUUGGCGCGUGGUGCAGGAGGCUUUCCACGAUACGGACUGGCGGGUCCGGUUUACGGCAGUGGAGCGAGUCACCGUGAUUACCCGCUUCAUGGACUCCACUCCGCUGCGCUCCGAGGUGGGUCUGCAGACGGCGCUGGCCACCGCCUUCUGUCACCUAAUCGCCAGCAUGGACGACAUCAAUGUGUACGUGGCGCAGCGGGCGACCCUUUACAUUGGGACCAUCCAUGACACGGCAAUUCGGUCGCUUCUCUUCUGCCUGGAAUCUCAGUUCGAUCUGUUCAUCGUCGAUCGUCCGGUGGUGCUGCAGUCGGUCUACCAGCUGCACAAUUCCCUUUCCGAUCGCAAGAUGCUCGGCUGGGAGUUCUUCUUGAACCGCUUCGACACGCUCUUCGUGGAGGCACAGAUCAAUCUGGAGAAGUGCGGCGACAUUUCGUAUCUGCGCGAUCUGAGGAACUCGGACAACGGCAGCGAAGCCCUCUCGGCCAAGAUCCAGAAGGCCAGGGAGGCCCUUAGCCAGUCGGACACCAGUGGCAGCAUGGCCAAGACGCUCAGCGCUUCCUUCGGCACCAAGUGGCCCUACAAGCGAACCAUGUCCGCUCCUGCCAGCAUGGCACCUAGACAGGAUAGCAAAUUCGUGCCCGAGAAGGAGAAGAUCUACAGUAGGCAGGUGUCGGCGCCGAUCCUCAAGCGGAAGACCUCGCGCUUCGGACUGGGUCAGUUCCUGGGCGGUAGUAGUGGGGGGGCUGCUGGCGUCAGCCAGUCGGGGAACCAAGCAGCAGCGGGGUCAGCGGGCUCCGCGCGGCCCAAGCCGCCGCCGUGUCCCGUCCACCAGUCGGCGCACACGGCCUUUCCCUAUCACAGCUACACGCACACCUUCACCCACCACCACCCACACGGCCACCACCCGUACUCUCACGCCCAUCCACACCACCAUCAUCCGCAUCACCAUGCCGGUAGUAGUGCACACGUAGCCUCCACCUCCAACUCCGCGGUGGCCACCACCUCGGCCGGUCUCGUGUCGACGCACAGCCAGAGCCACCAGUACCUGGUGCACUGUGUGCCCCCGCCCAGCCACCACAGUCCGAUGCCGACGCUGCAGGAGGCGGAGACGCUGCUCCGCUCGCAGGCAGCCGCCGAUGCCGCAGCGGCAAGUGGAUCAGCUGGCGGAUCGCUGGGUCAUCCCGCCCCGGAAUCAACGGGCGGAUCGGGAGGCGGCUCGGGCUAUCCGAGUGCGCACCACUCCUUCCACUCGCACUUCCAAAAGCAUCCGUCGGCACCCAAUCUGCUGCCAACGCAGCCGGCCGUCGUGCCGGCCCCAAGUCCCAGCCCCUCGACUCUGGCCUUCCCCCUGCACUGCACCUGCGAUGCCGCACCCCAUCUGCAUCCCCAGGUCCCAGGUGCGGCGGCCACCGGCAGCGCGGCGAAUCCAGAUGGCCACAUACAUUCGUUGGGAGGUUUGAAUGAUGAUAACCUCAUUGGAUUGCUUUCGAGGAUCACGGAACUGGAGGAAUCUGAUCGAGAAACUAUUCACUUACUGGUCUUUAUGCUGAUGCAGUUUAUGUCCCGAACUGAUCAGGCCUAUCCUUCCGAGGAGAAACCCAUGACGAAGACCCAGAAUAUUGUGCUGAAGCACCUUUUCCUGCUUUUAGGCCAUAACCAAAUUGACAAGACGUUCCAUACAACUCCGGAAUCCCUAAGGGUUUCUGCCGUGUUUAACGCCUUUUUGGCCAACCUUCCACAAGUUUUGGACCAGAACCACUUGAUUGGCGGCCUCAUUUUGCCCUCCGUUAUGCAAAUUAUUCUGUAUGCACCCAAUCCGACGAGCACCUCUGGUGAAUCCUACCAGAAUAUUGUCUUUAACUAUUCUUUGUGGCACCUGGAACAGUAUCCGCGUCGCAAUUGGGUCUUCACCUUGCUGGUGGUGCUCUACAAGUACUCCUAUACCCAACCACCACUCAGUGGAUAUGUCAUCGCGGGAAUCCGCUUGAUCAUGAACAGCCUGCGUGGUCAUUUCCAUCAGUGUCGACGCAUUCCGACCACCACAAUUCUGGAUAUUCAGGGCGUGGGUGGAGCAGCUCGAUCUCGGGAUGUCAGCCAACCCUCACUGGGCACUGAUCCCGAUGACAAGGAGGCCAGUCCUCCCGCAAGUCCAAUGUUUCCCUCGGAGGGAACCAGUGCAGCUUCUAAAAGCAAGGGUCAGAAUGUGGCCUUCACCCCGAAGCUGCAACAUGCAUUCCGAAAGUACAAUGACUCCAGCUUGGAUGCAGAUGAAACGGAAUCCGAAUUGGUGGCCAUUCCGGAAAGCGAUCUCUCGGACAGCACUUUACAUGGCAGCAGUGCACCAGGAUCAUUUGAUGAUACAAUCCAUUUCGAGGAUGUAAUGCCCCGCAAUCGUCGAACCGUUGAAUACACUGAAGAGAAAUCCACGAAAUCCCACAAGUCGAUGAUCACCACCAAGGUGGGCGAUACGUACACCACCAAGAUCAAGGCCACCACCACCAGCGAGACGAUGGUGACCACCCACGCGAGGCACAGUCUGCAGGAGGGAGUUCGCAUGAUCGUCACUCCACUCGUGGGUGCGGAAACCACAGAGACGGCUAUAGUUAGUCCUCCAGUGGAUGUCCAUCGGGCAGUGACCGUCCGCAACAAAUCGCUGGAGAAUGCAGCUGCCUCCACUUCGAAGAUGUUCGCUGCCAUAGCCACAAAUCACCUGAAGGCACUGGGAGCUCUCCAGGAUUUACCCACUCCGGGGGAAAGGAAAAAUGGAUCCAGCAGCGGAAGCGGAAGUCGAUCGGCUAACGGAAAUGGUAACGGCAGUGGAGGAAGUGCUCCAGCUGCCAUCCAGGCUUCAUCUUCUGCAGCUGCCAGCAAGCCAAUCGGACGCCACAAGACGAUUGUGGAGUGCAGUGCUGGAAACUCGAGCUCCUCGGCGGAUGAUUCGCGUCAGAAGAAAUCACAAACCAAAUCUCUGAAGCGCACGGAUAAGAACUAUGGCUCACCGGAGUCGCCGCUCUCCAAGAUGAGUGUGAUGCCGAAUCCUCGGGAUGAGGUGGAUGAGGGAAUUCAGAGCUUGCCACCACCCAAAAACAUUGCUGCCUUGGAGAUACCAACUCCUGAGCGCCUGCUGCCCAUUGGAACCCAGGACACAGUGGCCACGUUGGUGGAGCGGGUCAGGGAUGGUUUGAACCUGCCGGAUAUCAGUCAUCUCAAACAGGACAGCUUGGAUGUAUCGGAGAGCACAAAGGAUGAUGUGACUCCCAGUAGCAGGACUAAUUCCCCUCGUCGACUCAUCAAGCAGGUGGCAUUGGAAUCGCCUCCGAAUCCAAAUGCUCAGCUUCCCACGCAGACGUCGACCGAUCUGCACACCUCAAUCCUGAAGAAUGUCCAGCAGGACCUAAAGCAAACUGCAGGAGCCUCUGGAGGUGGUGGCCUGACCACCAGCAACAGCAUCAAACGUCCUCGCCAGAAACUGGCUCCCUUCAAUGUGGACAGCAAUGCCAUUCCGGACAUCCGGUCUAGGUUUGCAGGCUCUUGGCCUCCGCCUCCUUUCCAGCCCGUGGAUCCCGAUCCCGACGAUGACGAGGAUGUUGGAGCUGAGGCCUCCAACGGGCAUGGGAAUCAUUCCACCGCUCAUGCUCCUCGUGGGCAAAGUUCCCGUCGUGUGGGCAAUUACACCAUCGUGGAGCGAUGCUCCGACUGUGGAGCCCACAUUGAGGAGUACACAGAUGAGGAGAUCGGCAUCUUUAUAGUAAUCCUGGGCACUUUUAUCCAUAGAGAACCCGCAAUGGCAGCGCCUUUCCUGCCCGAGAUUCUUACCAUGACUUCUCGCAUUUGUUUGAGCAGCACACACGCCUGGCAGGGCGAGAAUGGUCCACCUUUGGCCAACAGUGCGCAGGCGGUGGCUCUUCAGUUCUUCCGCUGUGUCCUACACCAGUUGGCUCCCAAUGGAAUCUUCUUGCAAGUGUUCCAAACCCAAAUGAAGAUGAAAAUCCGGCACAACCACUUCCGCAGCAUUGCGAAGGCCCUGCAAGAUUUCCAGGAUCUGAAUGCCACCAGUCCCAUUUACAUGGUCUGCGAUUCGCUGACCUCCAAGAAGGCAUUGCCAGUCGAACAGCUUCCCGUGAUCUUCCGCAACAUGGCCGAGUAUCUGAAUCUCCAGUGCGUUCCGGCGGAGGCGGGAGUGGGUUUGGCCGUCUGGUCACAGGCGAUGCAGGCCAUGGAGUCGCUCAUGCGCCAGGUGAUCGUAAUCAUGCCCAGUCUGACUAAUGCAGAGUACAUGCUAGACAUCAUGGCGGCCACUUUGCGUCUCAAUUGCGUGCCAAAGACGCUCCUCGAUCCGUACUCCAAGAUCAUGGCCUACUGUGUCCAGCACACGAAUCUGGAAUACCAAACGCUCUACGAUCUGUGCACUCUGAACAUUCGAUCCUUCAGCAAGGAUCGCGACAAGAACUUGUUAUGCCGCCAGAUGAUCUUCGAGUUUGUCCAAGCUCUCAAGUUUAAAACUAACAUUCCGGAUCACAAUCUGCUCACUAUAAUCGGAUUUGUGCUUCUGGAUGCUGGCGGAACUCUGCCUCCUGGAGCUGCUCCUGGUUUGCCCGAUGCUGCUCCCAUGAUGACCACGAACUCGGCGGACUGUUUGAGGCAGUAUAUCAACGAUGUUAUUGACUUUCUGGCCGAUUUCCACACGCUCAGCAAGAUUAAGAACUUUAAGAAUGGUCAAACGAGCAAUGGACUCGGCGAAGACACUUUGGGUGGAGUGCUUAAGGGAGCGGUGGCUCAAUAUCUGGCACUGGAGAUGUCCCGCGGUAACUCAAGGGACAACAAGGCAGUUGCUCGAUAUUUACCUUGGUUAAACAAUGCUCCAUCUUCACUUCAACAGGGACCCAAGGAGUUCACCGAGUGCGUGGGCCACAUGCGCCUGCUGUCCUGGUUGCUUCUCGGCUCCCUUACUCACAUGGCACUGAUGCAACGUCGCCAGGAGACGCACAGCAUUCCAACGCCGCUGCCUCCGCAAACUGGACAAGGAACUGGUCCAACAGCCAGUGUGCAUUAUCAGCAUCAGGGGGUAACCUACUCGCAACCAGUGCCACAGGAAGCCUCCUGCCAUAUCGCCGAUCACAUCCAGGUGAUCUUUGCCGGGUUCGCAGAGCAGUCGAAGACCUCUGUGCUGCACAUGUCCUCGCUGUUUCACGCAUUCACCCUCUGCCAGCUGUGGACAGUCUACCUUGAGCAGAUGGCCCACAACACCAACAGCAAUGCGGAGGGCAGCACGUUGGGCGUGCUCUUUGAGUUCUGGGCAAAGGUGACGCCAUGCAUUCUGCAACUGGUGUCUCAUGCUAAACCGACAGUCAAUAAGGAUCAGCCGCAGACCCCCUUGGACUUCCAGACGCAAAGCGCCAACUCCAAGCUCUCUGAGAUGGUCAACCUGCACUUCCUUAGUCUGCUGGAGGCGCUAAAAGAUACCAAUUCCACAGUACUGGGCAAGCUGCUGCCCAUGUGGAGUCCAGUUCUCUCCUCGCAGACGCAACUUUCGGACACGUUGCAUGUUAGGUUGCAAAACGUGAGGGACUAUGCACCGGACUACGAGGAGCAGCAGGCCUUCAAGUCUGAGGCUCUGCUCAAGUGGCUGCAGCGCCUGCAGUUCAAGAUGGGCCAAAUCGAGUUACAGGCCUCCACAGCCACGCAAUUCUAUUCUAUCUAAAUAUCACACACAGUGGGUUAUAUAUGCAGUCUUAUUUAGUAAUUGUUGCCUACGCGAAUAAAUAGUUCACAAUGUUUGUUGGUAAAAGUAA